AUGGGAUGUCUUUGCAGCGUAGAAAAGCCACCUGGAGAGCCAGUAUUAGCACCUAACAUUGUCAUUGGUUCCGAUUCAGAUUCUGGAAUAAAAAAUCAGCCUUCUCCUGAUAAAAAGAAUGAUAUCAUUCCAUUGCUUGAACGACCUGAACCAUUGAAUUUUGCAUCUUUGCAAUUUACCUCUGAUUCAUCAUCAGUUGAUAUAGAUAUGGAAAGAUUAGAGCAAUUACUUAAAAAUGAAGAUACGAAAGCAGAAACUUACACAAUGUCUCCCAAAAAGAGUAAUGCAGAGAAAUUUGCUGAAACAUUAUCAGAUGAGUACCCACUUGAUGAAGUCUAA